AUGUUCGCUUUUCUUCGAGCACCGCUUCCUCCGCGCACCAACAAUGCGGCCAACAAUCCCAUCAUCUACGAGAAGGGUCUCUCAUCCGUCAAGUUCCACGCGCCGGAGUCCAAGUAUGUCAUGACACACCAGAUCCCUCCGACCGGGGGCGAGAAUGGAGAUUCGGUCAUCACGCCUCCGUUCCACUACCACAUCUACCAAGACGAGUACUUCUACCUGCAAAAGGGCACGGCCAUCAUCUUCCGCGGCCUCGACCCCAACCCGUUCGCGACGCUGUCGGAAGACGGCCAGCGAACGGCCACCAUCCCGGCCGGCAGAUAUCAUCGGUUCGAGAACGCGUCCAAGACGGACGACCUGGUCAUCGACAUCCACCUGACGCCCGAGUCGUACGAGAACGAGCAGCGCUUCUUCCGCAACUUCUUUGGCUAUCUGGACGACUGCAAAUCCGCCAAAACCGCCCCGAGCUUCUUCCAGCUCAUGGUCUUCUUGCACAGCGCCGACACGCCGUUGGCUCUGCCGUUGCCGACUGAAUGGAUCGGCCGCAUCGCCAGCCGUAUCUUGCUAUUUACCGCUGCGUCGUGGGGUAGUUGGAUCCUGGGCUACAAGCAGAGCUACCCCGAAUACUACGAACCGAGCAAAUCAAAGUAG